AUUGGCCGCGACGCGUGGUGAUGGUGUUAGGGUGGGCGUGGCCUUACCUGGCGCUGCUUUCAGUCCGGCGGUCAGUGGUACCCGGGAGGCUGCGUCACGUGGGUUCGGUGCCCCCAGGAGACCUGUCAGGAGGGCCCUUGUGGGUAAUCAUUGUGAGGAAAUCUACAGAGGACCUACUGUAUCUGUGAAAACUUCUCUUUCCGAUUUUACUACAUUCCUAAUAUUUCUGUAUUGUGCUGGAGAUGUGUAAUUCUGCAAAGUAAUGUGCAAGCCGUUGAAUGAUGACGAGUGAGGCAGGUUGCAUUGUUCUCGGAAAUAAGCUGCAUAUCUCUGCAUAUUCCACAGACAGUUCUUGAUGUCUGCGUCAGAAGCUGAAGCCGUUCUUAAAGCAGGAUCGUAGUCACUGUGAAUUUGAAGUACACAUGCACCACACCCGAAAAUGAAGGUUGCGUUGUGUUGCUGUUUAGCCGUUGCUGCUGAUGAUCUCCUCCCACACUAACGAUGGUGACUGUCCCGGGAUUAGUCCUGCUGCUUGUGACCAGAGUCUCCAUGCUGGAAGCAGCCGGCGUUCUACAUGAACUCAGCGCAGAUACCUACGCCAGCUCCCUGGUGCCGGGGAAGACCUCCUUCCUCUACUUCAGCAGCGCCGGGAUCACCAGUAAUGUAAUAUUCCUGAAGGAGUUGCAGAAGUCAGCCGCGGCUCUAGAAGACUACAGGAUUUAUGUAGCGAAGGUAAAUUGUAUGAAAGAAGACACACUGAAGUUCUGUGAGGAGGACAAUGCAUACUUGUUCAGGGGAACUAAAUUAUUACGGGAAUUCCCUACAGAUACGCUGUUUGAUGUCAACGCCAUCGUCGCCAAUGUGUUAUUUGUCCUUCUUUAUAAUAAAGUCAAAUACAUCACCUCCAUUCUGGAACUUCAGAAAUUAGAGGAUGCAAUGAAAGGGAAGAAAGAUGUUAUCUUUGUGUAUGUCCAGGCUAUUGGGACACCAGAGCACCGGUCAGUGAUGGAAGCGGCUUUUGUCCAUGGAUCAGUGUACCAGUUUGUUCUAACAACAGAAACCACUUUACUGAAAAAUAUAAGUGCUAAGGACCACAGCCUCGUCCCUGCAAAGCUUGCUUAUCUCCACUGCAAAUCCCUGACCGGUGUCACCCAGAAGUGCCGCAGAACGUUACUGGAGCCGCCUGUGACUACACUCAGUAUACAUCAGUUUCUGCAGCUCGUGGCGGCCCCUUUAGUGGUUGAGGCUUCCGGUGACCCAGAUAAAUUCACCAGCGUCCACCUUCAGCUCGGCCUACCCGUGGUCUUCAUUCUCAGCCAGCAGGAGACCUACGAAGCUGACAGGGAGACCGCAGAGCAUGUGGCCUGGCAGCUGCGGGCGAGAGCCGGCGUGGCAACAUUACUGAGGGAGAAGGCCGGGGUACACAUUCCUCCUGAUACCAACGUGGCUGUGAAGAGGGCAGAGGAAAAUGUGCCGGUGAAAUACUUUAGGUUGGAGGAGACCCAGCAAAUCCUAGAUCUCAUAGACAAGCCUAAAGAAAAGCAGACUGACAAACCGGAAGAGGAAGCUGGCGACCCAGAGGUUGAGGACGACGAGGUAGCGCAGGCCGUAUACAGGCACAGACACCGCACCCUGCCCUUGCAGCUGGUACCGGAGCUGACAGAUGAGACUUUCAAGACGGUUUUCUCCAGCCCCCGUCAUACAGCGGUCCUCUUCUACAUGAGUUGGCUACCUGUGUCAUUGACCGUGCUGGAGUCAUUUUUAAAUAUGGCGGAAAAAUAUAAAGAAAUUCUGGAUGUGUCCUUACACAGAUUAGACUGCGCCGACUGGACUUAUGAGUGUACUGCGGAGAAUAUCACCGUUUUCCCUACCGUAAAGAUAUACCGGGCGGGAGAGGAACCACUUUUCUAUACUGGUAUGAUGGGAUCGGAUGAAAUCGCCCAGUUUCUCAUGCUGAUCAAACUGGAAUCUCCUCUGCGGUUAUUGUCUGUGGAGGAGUCGGAAGACUAUUUACGUGGGAAGACGUACAAGACUUUAGCAUUCGAUCAUAACCUGUCAAUAUUAGGAAUAUUUACCCCCAGUCUGAAAGAAGCAGCUGAUGCCUUUAUCCGAGCCGGGAAAAGUCUUCGGGGUUUUGCAAGUGUGGGAAUUUACACUGGAGAGAAAACAUCUGUCCUGGCUGAGAGGUAUGGAACGCAGCCCCCCUCCGUCCUAUUUUCCAGACACGAUGCGCAGAAAGUACACGCAGUCUCCCUCCACAACACGCCGGCGGACGACAUCCUCCCACUUCUAAGACGUGAAAUACUUGGAGAGUUUCCAGAGGUGACCGUGAAUUCCCUCCCGUCCUUGCUGGACAUCCAGAGUCCGCUGCUCAUUCUCUUCUCAGACGCCCGGCCGGACCCCACUGAUGAAAAACACAUUUUAAGUUUGGUGAGGGGGAAAUACUUGGAACCGUAUGUGACUUGCUGGCUAAACCUGAAGAACACUCCAGCUGGGAAUCUGGUUCUGAAGAAAUACUUUGGUCUGAUCCCCAGGCUACCGGUGCUUGUCCUGAUUACGUUUGACUCGCUGGGGCAGGUCUUUGCUCUCCCUGCAGACCAGCAGAUCACGGAAGUCAGCAUCUUGUACUGGUUGGAGAUGAUAAAAGCUGGAGAGGAGGCGCCAGUCUAUUCUUUAUCGAAGGACGAUUGGAAAGCUCCGCUCCCGGACUACGAUUUCCUUGCUAUGAUGGAUGCAGAAGAUCCCAACUAUGCUGCUCAGAAAAUUCGGAUACGUAUGAAACCUGGCAAAAGUAUGAAAGCCGAACUUUCCCCUGGAGAUGAAGCUACAGGCGCCAAACACCGGAAAGCAACCACUUUACGCGGAACAGUCCCAAAGUUCCUAAAGACUGAAAAGGACUCUGAGAAGCACACAGAGCUCUGAAUACAUAGCAGAGAGCUGGAAACGCGUCCUAUUAAUACACAGUAAUUAUCCUGUAAUACUGUUAUCAUGCAUACUUCAUACCUAGUAUCAGCCAAGGUUUCUCCAGUUACUGUCUACAGUUACAGUCUAAUUAUAAGACAAGGUUACUCUAGUUUGGUUCCCAACCUCCUAUCGCAGGUGGGAUUCAGUGCAUUUUGGCAAAAUGCGUGUGUUCUAUAACUUUCUAAAGUCCCACUGAUUCCUUGAAAAUGGUUAUUUACUCCUGCCAGCUGAGGCCUUCCAAGCCAUGUAUGCCCUUGCUUUGCCAACCUUAGACAACAUAGAAAUGUUUAUUACAUGAAAGCCGCGUUGGCUUAUCCACAUGUCUCUUUGUUGAUGACUCAAAUGUACAUACACCCUGGGGGCAAACAGGGUAACAAGUGCAAGUUCUUCUGGCACAUUUCAUCACGGCAUGACAAGGACUUGUGUCUUUGGACAAACCCCCAUCAGGUGCUAGACUAACGCGUUUCACCUCCAGGUUUUUUUCCAAGCUGUGUAUUUUCUUCCGCGUUCCCUUCCAAGCUUCAUUAUGUAUAUAGGGGUGAUGUGUACUCUAUGAAGGAUCUGUAACUACACCUUCUGAAAUGUGUAUGGUUGCCUUGCAGGACAUAAAUCCAUACAUUUUUCCACUCUGAUUCUGUUAGUGUCCUCAGCCCAGAUAAUUGAAGAAUCUUCUUAUGUUGGAUCAAAUAGUGAAGAUGUCUGUUUUUUAAUUGACAAAUUAGUUUCUCUAAUCCACUGUCAUGUCCUGUACAACCAAUGUUAAAUGUGUUUUCUUUUCUUUGUGGAGACAAGGGGUCAGCUGUAAGAGCCUGCAGGAUUCCGACAGUGCCCAGAUCUUGGCGAUUUAGGUGGUCAUUCCGAGUUGAUCGCUAGCUGCAUUGGUUCGCUGUGCAGCGAUUAGGCAAAAAAACAGCCCUUCUGCGCAUGCGUACGCGGCACAAUGCGCACGCGCGACGUACUAUUACAAUGACCGAUGUAGUUUCACACAGGGUCUAGCGAUGCUUUUCUAUCGCACUGGCUGCCGCAGAGUGAUUGACAUGAAGUGGGCGUUUCUGGGUGGCAACUGACCAUUUUCAGGGAGUGUUCGAAAAAAUGCAGGCGUGCCAGGAAAAACGCAGGCGUGGCUGGGCGAAUGCAGGGUGUGUUUGUGACGUCAAUUCCGGAACUGAAUGGGCUGAAGUGAUCGCAAGCGCUGAGUAGGUUUGAAGCUACUCUGAAACAGCACAAAAUUAUUUUGUAGUCGCUCUGCGAUCCCUUCGUUUGCACUUCUGCUAAGCUAAAAUACACUUCCAGUGGGCGGCGGCAUAGCAUUUGCACGGCUGCUAAAAACUGCUAGCGAGCGAUCAACUCAGAAUGACCCGCUUAGCUUCAAGAUUAAUGUAGAGGGGUCUUUUUGUUCUCUUUUGUUUGUUUUUGUUUUUUUGGGGUUUUCUUUUUUUGGGGGGGGGGGGGGGGGUUACGGCAAAACCCGGUUAAUUCUACCAUUUUGAAAAUUGCCGCCUUUAAAAUCUCCUGGUUAAAUUGCUGAAAUCUCUGCACUUUACAAAUCCCUCAGCAUAUUACAUUUGCCCCAAAGUUUUGUACAAAACAAUCAAAGUGUUAUCCCAAAGCCCCUCUACAGCAUCCUAUUGUAUAAAAAUAAUUCUGUAUAUACUGUAUAAAUGUGUACACGUUCUGCAAGAGUGGUUUAUGGAAAAAAUAAAUGAAUGCCCUUAUGUAUAAA